CUCAUCGCUCCUUCCGAGCGCCAGCAGAUCGUUCAAGCACACAGGGAACCCUCUGCCUUCCCCUUCUUCCCUCUCCCACACGUUUCCCCCCUUCUUCCCCCUCACCCCUCGCUUUCCCUCCCUCCGUGCUUCAACUCAUCGCCCCCACUGAACGACAGCAGAUCGUUCAAGCACACGGGGAACCCUCUGCCUUCCCCACCACCAUCACCCUUCCCCCCCAUUCCCCUUUCUCCCAUCUUCCCCAUUCCCAGGAUGCUCCAGCUAAUCGCUUCGUCCGAGCGCCAGCAGACCGUUCAAGCACAUGAAGAACCCUCUGCCUUCCCCGCUGGCCCUCUCUGUCUCCCACCUUCCCUCUCUACUUUUCCCCACAUCUGCCCCCUCCCCAGGAGUCUGUGCUCCAGCUACUCGCUCCAUCCGAGCGACAGCAGAUCGUUCAAGCACACGGGGAACCCUCUCCCUUCCCCACCACCACUUUCCUCCCUCCCCUGCCGGUUUCCCCCUUUUCCCCAAAAAUCAGUGCUCCAGCUAAUCGCUUCUUCCGAGCGCCAGCAGACCGUUCAAGCACAUGAAGAACCCUCUGCCUUCCCCGCUGGCCCUCUCUGUCUCCCACCUUCCCUCUCUACUUUUCCCCACAUCUGCCCCCUCCCCAGGAGUCUGUGCUCCAGCUACUCGCUCCAUCCGAGCGACAGCAGAUCGUUCAAGCACACGGGGAACCCUCUCCCUUCCCCACCACCACUUUCCUCCCUCCCCUGCCGGUUUCCCCCUUUUCCCCAAAAAUCAGUGCUCCAGCUAAUCGCUUCUUCCGAGCGCCAGCAGACCGUUCAAGCACAUGAAGAACCCUCUGCCUUCCCCGCUGGCCCUCUCUGUCUCCCACCUUCCCUCUCUACUUUUCCCCACAUCUGCCCCCUCCCCAGGAGUCUGUGCUCCAGCUACUCGCUCCGUCCGAGCGACAGCAGAUCGUUCAAGCACACGGGGAACCGUCUGCCUUCCCCACCACACCCACCACAGCCAUCCCAGACAUCCCAGCCAGAACAGGACCAGUCAAACCAGACACCAAGAGUCAACCCAAGGCAGUCACCAAAGUUACUUCCGCCACAGCCCUCCCACACAAGCCCAUGCAGUCAGUUCAGUCGCCCAACCCACCGCUUUCCCUCCCUCCCUCCCCCACCCAUACGUUCCCCCACUUCCCAGGAGUCAGUUCUUCAACUCAUUGCUCCUUCCGAGCGACAGCAGACCGUUCAAGCACAUGGGGAACCGUCUGCCUUCCCCACCACAGCCAUCCCAGCAAGAACAGGACCAGUCAAUCCAGACACCAAGAGCCUCCCCAAGGCAAUCACCAAAGUUCCUUCCGCCACAGCCCUCCCACGCAAGCCCAUGCACUCGGUUCAGCCCCCCGCUGCCAAGGCCUCCUCUCCCAAAACUGCUCCCGCUCCCCACUUUGGCUCUCCCAUACUUGGAGGUGGGGGAGGUGCAGCAUCCCUCUCAGGUUCCCCCCUCUCGUUCCCGAAAUCCUCUAGCAAAUCUCAACAGCAACAGCAGCAGCAGCAGCAGAAGCAGCAGCCACUGCCACUCUUCUCCUUUCCAGCAGCUCCUGCCUCCCUUCCUCCUUUCACUUCUACUGCUACCGCUGCCCCCGCUGCUCCCGGCCAAUCAGAGCUCCCGCUCCAGCGCAAACUUUUCGGAUCCGGGCAGUUCGGGCAGCAGGGUCCCGUAGGAGGCGGCCAAUCAGGGGGAAGCGCUUUGUUCGGGGGAGGUGGGGUAACCGCGUUCAGUAAACCCAAGGGCGUGGGUCAUUUCACCAGCAGCAGCAGCAACGAGCCUGCUGCAGCUUUCAAGGACUCGGUUGGUGUGUUCAGGCCUUUUCCUGAGGUGAAAGCCACAUCAACAGGAGCACCUGCAAGCCAGUCUGCCUUUGCAGCAGGCCAACCAUCAGCGUCAAGCAUCUUUGCAUCCCCUUUCUCCCAGAAAGGUCCAGACAACUCCACUGCUGCUGCUGCUUCUGCUGCUGCUGGACAGCCUUCUCCCUUACCCUCCCCUCCGCCAUUCAACUUUGCAAACCCUACUGGCACUACAGCAACUUUCGGGAAGCCUUCAGGGUCAUCCCCAGCCCCGAAUCCUUUCCAGAAGUAA